UCUGUUUCCAUUAUGUAGGUUUAUUACAAUUUAAAGAGAACAAGGAUAGCCUGUCCGAAUUUUGUUAUUCUCAAUAUUUUCAUUCUUUUUUUCCUUUGGAAAAACCAAUUAGUCUUUCUACCAUCUUCAACUUGUUGAGUCUUAAUUAAUUAUGCUGUUGAAUGAAUGAUUUACCAAAAAGACAUCCCUAAAACCAGGUAUCCCUUUCUUUCACACCCUCCACCCAUAAAAGAACAGCAUAUGAUCCAACACUAAUCCACUUCAAUCCGUUUAUGAAGCGUUCCUUAAAGCUGAGCGAUGGAGCCUUCUAGAGAUGACUGAUUUGAAGAUAUGUUUGGAUAUGCAGCUGCACACAACACAACACGUGAUCAAUAGACUUGGAAGAGAAAGACAUCAUCAUCUUAGAUGACCUGAAAUUCAACUUUGCAAACGACAAAAGAACCAAAAACCCGUGCAAUAACAAAUAAACAUGCCAGAAGGGUAUGAGAUUCAUGACAAUGAGGAAACUUCAUCGGGAUGUUCGUCUUCAUUUGAUUUGAAUGAAGAAUUAGCUUGCAGUGAAGAUAACAGUGAUACAGAAGAGUGCUGUGAGCUCACAACAACUAAUGAGAAAGCAAAGGAUGAAGGCACUUCAGCAAAUGGAAGUAGCAUAUCAUCAAGAGAAGGAAAUGAGAGAAGAGGAACGGUAAGACAAUAUGUUAGAUCCAAGAUGCCUAGGCUUCGGUGGACUCCUGAGCUUCAUCAUUCAUUUGUGCAUGCUGUUGAAAGACUUGGUGGUCAAGAGAGAGCUACACCCAAGUUGGUGCUUCAACUAAUGAAUGUGCGAGGACUCAGCAUUGCUCAUGUCAAAAGUCACUUGCAGAUGUAUCGAAGCAAGAAACUUGACGAGGUUGGGCAAGUACUAAGUCAAACGUCCAAGUCCAACCAAGAAGUAGCUCGUAGACCUUUGAUACUCCAUCAGUGCAUAAUUCCUCAGCAACAUCUUAUGAUGGGGAAUGGUGGAAUUAUUCUAGCAAGUAAUUUCAACAAACAUAAUCAUUUCCCAAGUCUUCUGCAUCCCUCCUUCUCCCUAUCACGUUCACAGACAAACGACUCCGAUUCAAGGCACCAACAUUGGUACACCAAUCACCAAGAUUUUAGCAUACCAAUAGCUUCAAGCCAAAUUCAACCAAAGGAUACACGCGGCCGAAUUGCCCCCAUGAGACCAAGCCAAUUGCUUGAAGAGAAAAGGUGGCCUCCGUUAGAAAUUUUGAACAAUCAUCAAUCGAUGUUGAAAAGGUUACCUGCCAUUGUUGCUCCUAAAAAUGGGUCACAAGCUGUUCAACCAGCUGAAUGGAGUUUUGUGAAUAACACAAGCAUCAGAGAUUAUCUAUCGAACAACUCCAAUGAACCUCUCAACAAUUCCAACAGUUUAAAGCUAGAAUUUGAUCCUCCAUUUCGGAUUAAGAAAGACGAGCAACAAUUGCCUGAUUUGCAACUGGGUUUGAGUCACACAGUUGGAACUGAUGGCAAGAUAGAUCAUUAUAAAGAAACCCCAGAAAUCAGCACCAAGCUUUCACUUUCUUAGAGCUUCGUAAUGUCAAUAACGCAAAUGUAGCCUAGCUAAUCAUAAAAAUAGAGUGAUGAUAUAUUGUCCAAACAUCAAAAAUAGGUACACAAGGAUCAAUAUUGUCCCUGGUUAUAUAGGACAUGGGCUUGUUAGAUAUACAUAGUUUUUUUUUUUUUUUUAAACCUACAUAGGAUUUGAUUGUAAAAGGAAAUGUGUCGUCCUGAUUGAGAGUGAGUUCCCCCAUUAGCGAUUUUUCGUGUGUAAGUGAUUGGUUAGAUCAAUGCACUAAAUUUAAAUGAAGAGACCAAGGAGUAACUUCAAGGGAGAAAUGAUGGAACAAACAGUGAAAAUAUGGCAUACGCUCUUGUUUUACUGCA